UUGUCAGUUGUUUUUUUAAAAAUCUACAUUGUGUUGUUUUAUAAUUAUUUUCUAUAUAAACUGUUUUCGCUUUUUACUUAUUUUUUCGUUUACAAAUUUUUCGAACUUUGCUAUAGUAUGGUCACACUAUUAUCAAUUGGGAUUGUGGGCGAUAGCUAGCAUUGCUAGAGAUUUUUCCUUACAAUUAUUGUUGACACGAUUAGCUGUGUAAUUUUCCUGUGUUUUUUUUUUUCAUUCAAACUAAUUUAAGAAGAAUUAACUUAUUACUAACAAUUCUUUCAGUGGUUAUAACAACCCUAAAAUUUAACAGGUCCUGAUAAAAGCAUAAAUUUUGUUGAUAUAUUUAGUUAGGUACACGUACUAAAAAAAAUUAUAACAUUGGAGAGUGAUGCUUUCAAGGUGUAAAUUGUUGUUUUGGUGAGGGAUCCUGAUGAAUAUGUUAGUGAGUGAAGCUGACAAAUGUGAAAAAUUUGUUUGAUUUGUUACCUUGUUUAAAGCAAGAUGGCGGCUUGUGCAAAAACAUGGCGACCAAGUGCUUACUAUGUACAGGAUGGUCAAUAUCUCCAGAUACCAUUUGAUGAUUGUAUUGUGAAUCGUCUGAGAGAUAGUACAAGUGAUGCAGCCAGAGUGAAAUAUGAAUUUAAAGAUGGCAGGUUAUCAUUGGCUUCAUCUGCUGGUGGUAUUGAAUUAUUUCAUCCACCGAACUGCCCAUUAAAAGAGUUUCAAAGUUCAAAACAUAUUAACAAACAGAUUUCGCUUGGUGCUGCUUCAUUAAUUCUCUCAAAUGAUGGACAUAUUCUUCUGACACGUCGGCCGAAACAUUUACGACUCUUUCCUGGAAUAUGGGUACCCCCAGGUGGUCACGUCGAGAAAGGUGAAAGUUUAUUGCAAGCAUCUGUAAGAGAGUUGAAAGAAGAAACUGGAAUAUGGCUUCAUCCAGAGGAAUAUAAAAGUGAUGAAUUAUGUUUGUUUGAGUCUUGUUAUCCGCCAUUUUUAAAAUGGGGCGACCCAGUUGGCCAUCACGUGGUUAUUUAUUAUUUACUAAGGACUACACUUAAUAAGAAUGAACUGGAUGAGCGAGUAAAACUGGAUGAAAAUGAAGUUGAUGCUUAUGUUUGGUUAACAGAGGCAACAGUCCAAAAUAUUGUCACCCAGUCUUAUAAUGAUAUUUCUCAACCACUGUGGCAAACGACAGUGAAGGAUGGUAAAAAGAUAAAAGAACAUUUUGAUUUAUCUAUACUUACCUUUCAAUCAACUGUCAAUCAAGAUAAAGAUAUUGAAAGAUUGUCAACUGGUACGAAAUUUGCUUUAAGAUGUACUACAGUAAAAAAGUGAAGCGUAUAUAUGAGUACGAAGAUUACACAGAUCUUAAAAAGCAAGAUGGUAGCAUAUUCGGAUAUGUUGAAUUUUUCUCGGUGUUUUAAAUAUUUUCCGAUAUUCAGUUGUAAGGCGAACUGGAGAAUUUCGUCCCUGUC